CUCUCACCUCUUUUUUUUUCUCUCUCUAGAAAGUGCCUUUCUCUUUCCCUCUCUCAACUUCCCUACAAUUCAUAUAUAGCCAAGUAGUGCAGAUCCCGUGCAGAAGCCAAAUAAAAUCCCUUUGUUUGCUCACAUAAGAUUUGGGUUUCUUCAAAAUUAUCUUUUUUUUUCUCUCCUAAAAAAAAAAGAGAAAACUUUGUUUGAUUCUUUGAAGGAGGUUUGAAGAAAGCAAAAGGUGUAGUUUUGUUUUAAGUUUCUUUGAAAUGGUUUUCAUGUCUGAGAUAUUGUUCCCCGAAGAAAAAAUUGAGGAAGGAGAGUGGGAGAAGGAGAGAUAAGAAGAAGAGAAGAAUACCUACCCAGCAAGCAGAAUUAGAGAAUUUUUUUUCACAAACUGUUGAUUUGAUUCAUUUUCAUCUGCUUCUGCUGGGUGUUGAUGGUUUCAUGACAGGGUGGUUGGCAAUGUCUGCUCCUAUGAUCAUUGACCCUAUGAUGAUAUCGGCACCAGAAACUCAAUCAGCAGCAGCUAGCAUACUAGUUGCACAAAGUGAAGUUGAAUUUGCUGUAUGUGACUGUUGUGGACUAACAGAAGAGUGCACCCCAGCCUAUAUAGAAAGAAUCAGAGAGAGGUACUUUGGAAAAUGGGUUUGUGGGUUGUGUGCUGAGGCUGUUAAGGAUGAAAUUGUGAGGUCUGAGAGACUUGUUUGCACAGAAGAAGCAAUGGCUAAGCACAUGAACUUCUGCAAAAAGUUCAAGGCAUCAGGGCCUCCUCCAAAUCCGACAGUGCACUUGAUAUCAGCCAUGAGACAGAUUCUUAGAAGGACUUUGGAUUCUCCUAGAGUAAGGUCCACACCAAAUAGUCCAACCAAGACUCUCACAAAAAUUCAUGGUUCUGUGCUUACAAGAUCUGAGAGCUGCUUCCCUACUCUCUCUGAAGGGUUGUGAUGAAGGGAAUACUUGUGUAUUUAGUUGGAUAAAAAUGGAAGCAGGAAGCAUAAAUAAGGACAGAAAAAUAUAAGCUGCAAAAGUUUAGAUGUUCAAUUGUAGUUUUGUCCAGUACAGAACUUUCAAUCUGUUUGUUAGAAAAUUUGAACAUAAUUUGGUCAAGAAUUUUGCUUCACUCAGACCAGUUACCUUGUUUUCUAUUCCAUUUAUUUGUUUGAAAUAAGAAAAAUAUGUUCAUAACUGAAGACAAACAUGUCACGUUUCACAA